AUGAACGACGGUAGCGCGGCGCUAGGGGUCCCCUUGGCCGGCCUCACCGGCGACGACCCAAAGCUGUGGGUGCGCUUCUACCAGGGCACGUGGGUGCUGGCAACCUUUGUGCCUGGGAUCGCCCCCAUCCAGCAGAGCUUCAGGCCGCGCGGCGGCGACGUCGUCAUUGCGAGCAUUCCCAAGUCCGGCACCACAUGGCUCAAGGCCCUGGCGUUCGCCACCAUGGCGCGCGGCGUGUACCCACCGGACACCGCCGAGCACCCGCUGCUCCGGCUCAACCCGCACCAGUGCGUCACGAACUUGGAGCGGCUGUACAGCGCUGGGCAGGAGAGCAUGAUAGAGGCGCUGCCGUCGCCGAGGCUCCUGUCGACGCACAUGCACCACUCCAUCCUUCCCAGCUCUAUCAGCAAGAACCCUGACUGCAAGAUCGUCUACAUAUGCAGGAGAGGCAAGCCGGACGUCUCGUUCUCCGACUUGUUCGAGGCUGUCUGCCAAGGAACAUCUGUGAGCGGGCCUUUCUGGGACCAUGUCCUCGGGUACUGGAACGCGAGCAAGGCGACCCCGGAGGCGGUGCUGUUCCUGAGGUACGAGGACAUGCUGCGUGACCCCGCCGGCAACAAUCUGGAGGUCAACAAGCCAAGCUCGACCUCCCAGCCCUUGGCGAAUGACUGGUUCUUCAGGAAAGGGGAGGCCGAGGAUUGGGUGAACCACAUGACGCCCGACAUGGCUCGCCGUCUCGACGCCAUUGUCGAGGAGAAGCUCAGCGGCUCAGGACUCUCGUUCGCGUGA